AUGAAUUCAGACUUGUUUGUCGAUACUUCUUUCGGGAAAUUACCCUUACUAUUUGUAUUUGAUCUUGAUUACACACUUUGGCCUUUAUGGGUCGAUACUCUUGAACCGCCAUUCAAGGCGGUUCCUUCAGAACUGUACAUGGUGGAAGACAAAAAUAAUUACGAAAUUAAAUUGUAUCCUAAUGUUCCACAUAUUCUGAACUUUAUCAAAAAGAAUAUCCCGGGUUCCAAAAUUGCAGUUGCUUCUCGAACCGAUAAGCCAAAAUGGGCACGCGAAAUACUCUCAUUGAUGUCAUUCCCAGCGCAACCAAAAGGAGAGACAAUUGUAUCGUUGAGCGAAAUAAUCGACUUUGCAGAAAUUUAUCCCGGCUCAAAAUUGACACAUAUGUCAGCGCUGCGUGAUAAAUCCGGGAUUUCGUAUGAGGACAUGAUCUUUUUUGAUGAUGAGAUUCGGAAUAGUGAGGUUGAGCAGAUUUUGGGCGUGAAGUUUGUUCUUGCGUCGGAUUAUGAAGGGUUGACAAUACGUACGUUUAUGAAUGGUUUAAAAGAAUUCGGGAAUGAUAAUCAAUAG